AAGCUUGGUAUUGUUGCUGUGAGUAAUGCUUUGCCACAAGACAUUACAUGUUUGUCAGCAGACCGCAUGUUGAUAUUUGCUUCAUAUGACAAUAUUCUCCAUGCUUUCGCCAGGAACAAAGAGGUGGUUCAUACCUAUGAAGGUCACAAGGCAAGGAUACACCUUCUGCAGCCUUUUGGUGAUCAUGUCAUCUCUGUGGAUGUUAAUAAUGUUCUUAUUGUUUGGAAUAUACAGUCAGAAGAGGAGUAUCUUCAGGUGGACUUCAAUAAGGCCACUUUUGCAGUUUCUGCAGUUCUGCAUCCCAGCACGUAUUUGAAUAAAAUUCUCCUUGGGAGUGAACAAGGGAGCUUGCAGCUGUGGAAUAUAAGAUCCAACAAACUCUUAUACUCGUUUCCAGGCUGGCACUCAGCGGUCACAACCCUUGAACAAGCCCCAGCAGUGGAUGUUGUUGCAGUCGGUCUUGUCUCUGGUCAUAUCAUCGUACAUAAUAUUAAAUUUGAUGAAACUCUGAUGAAAUUUCAACAAGACUGGGGUCCCAUCACAGCAAUAUCUUUUCGUACAGAUGGACACCCAGUAAUGGCAGCUGGUAGCCCAGUUGGACACAUUGCUUUGUGGGAUCUAGAAGAGAAGAAACUAAUGUGUCAAAUGCAAGAUGCCCAUUCCACAGCAAUAGCUGGUAUGUCGUUUGUCCCUGGAGAACCACUUCUUAUUACUAAUGGUGCUGAUAACGCUAUACGGGUGUGGAUUUUUGAUGGACCUGGUGGUACAGGACGUGUAUUGAGAAGCCGGAUGGGACAUAGUGCACCACCAACUAAAAUCAGAUAUUAUGGGCAAAAUGGAGAGCAAAUUCUUAGUGCAGGUCAAGAUGGAACAUUGCAGUCUUUUUCAACAGUGCAUGAAAAGUUCAAUAAAAGUUUAGGACGUGGUUCAAUUAACAAAAAGAAGUCAAAAAAGAAAGGUCUUAAGCUUGAUACGAUGGCACUUCCACCAAUUACAGUCUUUGCUUCAGAAGUGGCACAUCAGAGUGACUGGGAUAAUAUUGUUGCCUGCCAUCAAGGGUAUAUAACUUGUACAACCUGGAACUAUCAGAAAACUUCCAUGGGAGCUCAUAAACUGAGGCCAGGAGAGUUUAGCAAACACAAACCUGUUGAUAUAUAUGCAACAGCAGUUGACAUUACCUCAUGUGGGAAUUUUGCUGUAAUUGGGCUGUCAAAUGGACAGGUAGAUGUGUAUAACAUACAGUCUGGCAUUCACAGAGGACAUUAUGGCAAAGAAAAAGCACAUGAGGGGGCCAUUAGAGGGGUGGCAGUGGAUGGAUUGAACCAGCUGAUAAUCACAGGUGGUAGUGAAGGAUUAAUUAAAUUUUGGAAAUUCAAAACUAAAGAGCUAGUUUACUCCACUGAGCUUUCUUCUUCUCCAAGUGGAAUUCUGCUUCACAGAGACAGUGGUAUUCUGGGAAUCGCCUUUGAUGACUUCAGUAUUAGUGUUUUGGAUAUAGAAACCAGGAAGAUUGUCAGGACAUUCUCAGGACACCAUGGACGAAUUAAUGACAUGACUUUGAGUCCUGAUGGUCGUUGGCUAAUAACUUCAUCAAUGGACUGUACCAUUAAAACUUGGGACCUUCCCUCUGGAUG